AUGGAAGAUAUAUACAUUAUACGGUACCAUACGUUUUGCGCCAGGUCGAUGCGUGAUUUAACGAUAUCGCUUCGAAAGCGAUUUAUCACAACGUUCGUUGCGAGCGGGAGCGUGUCACGGUCGUCACGAGCGUUCGUUUGAUUGCAAAUAAAGAAGAAAAUCUUUAAUGAGAGACUUGUAUGCAAGAAAAAAGGGUUGGAUUUAUACGUUACGAGGUUCGUUUUGGACAAGGAAUUGAAUAGCACGCGCAGUACAAGAUGCCAAAAUUGCCGAUCCGGAAAGCCAAAAGAGUUGGCGUGUUGGCGACCAAAAGGACGCAGUGCUUGAAAAAUGUCCAUUUCAAGGAACGAUCCUAUAGACCACUGUAUGAGAAGUUAAAGCACAACAAUAAUUACUUGGCGAAAGCGCUAUCGCAAGAAAAACAGACCAACCAAACAUUAUUCUCACAAAAUGUUGAUCUGAUCGGAGAGAUACAACAACUAAAUCACAUAUGCAACACACGAAAUACUGUAAUUUCCAAUGUACUGAAUAACUCAAAAGAAAUAUUGAAAAUGUUGGUCACGAUGACCGGUUAUAUGACGAACACGAUCUCCAUGUGUCAGGAGCUUGUUGCGUCUGAUACUGCUGCUAGAAUAUCAUCUGCUUCAGCUGGAAUGAAAGAAUCACCCAGCAAAUUAACAAAACCGCCAGCUAAAGGUGUAGUAAAGCCUAUGGUGAGUGGGCACACUAUUACUAAGCCCACAAUAAAUUUAAGCCGGGUUAAUAUGGAAAGUUUUAAUAUAGCAAGACUGAGCGAUAUACCAGAAGUAACACCUAAUAGAAGUCAGGAAAUGAAUGAGACUAGGUCGCCAAUUAUUCCCACCUCACCCCUUAGAUAUGAAAAUGGUCGUACAUGCAGACUGCCAGAAAGACUGACACUUUCUUCACCCCGCUUCAAUGCGGCAGAGGAACAACGAUUAAGAAGAAAAAGAAGAAGUCACCAUUCAAAGCGAUUAUCAGUAUCGUUUUCACGAUCGCAAAAUAGAUGGUCCGGUGAAUCUCCAACGAGUGCGGAGCAUAUUAACGUCAUCGGCACCAGGAUAGACAUUGAAAGUCAGGAGAGUCAUGACGACACGUCUCACGAUCUGUCGGACAGAAUAAACGCGAUAGCGGAAUCGCAGGUGUCGAUUGACUCGAGCGAGGAGGAUGAACCGCGUGUGAACACAUCGAAGAAAGAUCUCAGUGUACGACUAAGUAAAAUCUCUAGUAAAGAUUUUAGUAGCAACUCCAGUGUAGCAAAAAACUCAAGACUGACGCAAAAUAGUACUAGAAAUUGGGAGGAAGAGGAUCCGUUGGAAGGUCCAAGCUGGCGGUUCAACAAUCCCUUGCCGCGGGAUAACGAGCCCGAGGAGCUCGACCACGAUGAUGUAUCUGACGUUAACAACAAUAUGUCGCAAGUGGUAGUGUAUGACGAGUCGAGCGUGGCGGGAAGCAGUCUAGAGGAGUCCUUAAACGAAUCUGUGAGCAAUGCGCAAACUUCGGAGAGAGACGCGACGCUCACUGCCGACGGCACCGAGUUUGAAUCUGGUCUGCGCGAGCACGAUAGUAUGGACGGUACUAUUUGCGAGAUACUUUCGGCAUCGAAUCGCGAAAGAAAUACCGUAGAGAAUAGCGUUGAAGACGGCAACGUGGACGCGGGCACAAUGAAAUUCGCGAGCUUCGUGACGCUAAGACGCGGGCAAUCCGAAGCGCCGGAAGAGCCGGAGGAGGAUUUCACCCUAAUGCUGCGCCCGUCAGCGCAAAAUAUGCAAUUCAACAUGAACGAGCUGCGACUGCCCGUUUUGGAGAAGAUCGCGGUAAACAAUUCCGCCGACAGCAACGAAACCGACGCCGAAGUAACCGCCGCGAUACCGAGAGUUACGAAUGUCUCGAAGGUGGCAUCUUCCGCGUCGAAUCGUAACUCGAACGAAUCUGAUUACGACCAUAUCAUGCAAAAACUGCCAUUAAUUAUAAUUAACAAUCACCAGAGCACCCCGACGCAGCAAAAGACCAAGCAUUCCAGUAAAAGUGGUAGUAAGAAGACGAAGAUACCGAAUAUGAAAGACAGUACGAGUCACGCUGGAGGUUCUUCGAUCGUUAAGAGCAAGGCGAAAUUCACAAGCAAAUCUGAGAAUAAUAGAGAUCCGAGCGCAGCGAAAGUCGUUUUGGAGAAGCUCAACGAGUCUCAUGUUAAACCGAGGACGUCGGCCAAUGAUACCCAAAACGCCAGUAAUGUGAGAGACGUCACGUCCGAUGAAGAGGAUAAUGUACGAGACUCGGAGAAUAGUACCUACGCCUCUAAUCGCCCUAGACGAAGAAAGGCGCCGGUAAACUUGAAAGAACCUAAAUUGAAUAAGAAAUUGAGACGACAAUAGUAGGAAGGAUAUGUAGGAUCAAGAUUUAAUGCUGAAAAUUGUUAUACUCGUAUUAACGAUACUGCUGAAAGCUGUUUCUGCAAUCCGAGUUCUGACAGAGCAGUGUAAACGGACUACAUAUAAAUUAUCUCAAUAGAUGUCAAAUUUAAAAAUCAAUGGUGUUUGUUAGCUGAUAUCGUGGGAGUUAUGGUUGAUUCAACUGUCCUAAUAAUCUCGCGGGAACGUUGUAUUCCCGAUACAUUACUUCUUCCGCUGGUAUGCACAUUCUGCGGCCUUGACGGUAAGUACAAAGCACCCUCGUAAAUUGACAUAAACAUUCUGUAUCUAAUGAAAAAGAAAUUUGAAAAUUUUAUUUUUAUUGAAAAAUACUUAUUUCUAUAACAAUUUUAAUUUUAAUUUUUUUAUUAGUCCUUUAACUCUUAUUAUCGCCUUUUCCAAGAAAAUGUAAUGAAUCAAGGGUGCUUUACACUUAUGGUCAAGGCCAUAUAAUUGGCCUUUUUUUUGUACUAUGUUCUAGGCAUCGAUACGGUAUGUACAAAAAACAUGCCCGUAUCUUCCUUCUACAGUAUUAUUAUUGGUACAAUACCUUAUUUCUUUUGUAUGCUACCAGAAUUAUUUUAAUAAACAUAGCUGGUAUGUGUGAA